GGUAAUCCCAGCAAAACUCCUACUUUUAAAGUAACCCAAACUUAAAUUACAAUAGAUGCAUUGGAAGUUGAAACUUGAAAAUAGUGCACUUUUAUUGUCAUCACAUGGCUUCCAGGUCAAGGUGCAGCUGAACAACUGAUUCCGAUCCGGUACGUCUCACAUACAGUGCUACCGUAGUCCACAUCGUAACUAUAUAACAACUCACUUUUUAUCGUUUGGCGCCGUGAAAGACAACGGAGAUAUCUUCGGCGGCUGUUUUGAGAUGGAGGGCAUUCGGCAUAGGACUGUGAAAGUUAACGGAAUCAACAUGCAUGUAACGGAGAAGGGGGAGGGCCCACGGGUGGUUCUCUUCUUGCACGGCUUCCCGGAGCUUUGGUACACUUGGCGCCACCAGCUCCAUCACUUCGCCGCCCUCGGCUACCGCGCCGUCGCGCCGGACCUCCGCGGCUACGGCGACACGGACGCCCCCGCCGCCGCGCCUAGCUACACUUGCCUGCACGUCGUGGGCGACCUGGUUGACCUGAUCCACUCCCUCGGAGUGGAUGGUAAUAAGGUUUUCUUGGUGGGUCAUGAUUGGGGCGCGAUUAUUGGCUGGUAUUUCUGCAUGUUCCGGCCUGACAUGGUGGAGGCGUUCGUCGGGAUCUCUGUUCCGUUCCGGCCACGGCACCCGGCGGUGAAGCCGGUUGAAGCCAUGAGGGCCGUCUUUGGAGAAAAUUACUACGUCUGCAGAUUUCAGGAGCCAGGAAGGAUAGAAUCUGAAAUAGCAAAAUAUGGAAGUGAAAAAGUGCUGAGGAAAAUAUUCACUGACCGGAGAACAGGCCCUCCCUGCAUACCAGUAGAAAAUCCAUUUGAAAUUGAUGAGGUCACGCAACCUGAAUUGCCCUCCUGGUUAUCUCAAGAGGACCUCAACUACUACGCUACCAUAUUUGAUGCCAAGGGAUUUUCUGGGGGAUUGAACUAUUAUCGCGCUAUGAAUUUGAACUGGGAGCUAACAGCAGCAUGGACAGGGGCACAAGUGAAAGUCCCAGUGAAGUUCAUAGUUGGAGAUGUUGAUUUGGUGUAUACCACCCCAGGGGUUAAGGAAUACGUGCACGGGGACGGUUUCAGGAAAGACGUGCCCAUGCUGGAAGAGGUUGUUGUGAUAGAAGGGGCAGGCCAUUUCAUCAACCAGGAGAGACCCCAUGAAGUCAACCAUCAUAUCCAUGACUUCUUCAACAAUGAAAGAGUAAAUUAAUUCGUGCCUUCUUAUUUUCUGAUUAGUACUGUAUCCACUGCCUAUAGUAUGGAUUUGUGGUUCUUUUUCUACUUAUUAUCAUGUCGUGCCUACCAAAUAUGCCUUGUUUUAUUCAUUUCCAAAUAUGCCAUUCUCAAAAGUGUGAUACGUGAAAUUUAUAAUUAAUGUUGUACUUUUCUUGGAGUAAUUUGUUACUUUGCCACACAACUUUACCAAAAAGAGAGAUA